UAUGUUCACCUCUUUUGCUUAAUUAAAAAAAAAAAUAAAUAAAUAAAAAUUAAAAGAUUUAUUUCGUGCCAAUUAGAACGUAUUUCUUAAUAGAUCAUUUAAUAUUCGAUUUUUUAACUUUCUUUAAAUAUCAAUUUUAUCAAUAUUUCGAUAGAAAUCAACUGACAUUUAAAUAAUUAUUGACAUAAACGUCAGUGAGAAAGUUGGUAGUAUUUGUCAAGCUUGUAUGAUAUAAAAAUUCUAUGAUCGCUGUAGCUUAGAUUAUUGAUUUCUAAAUAUAUAACAUAUGUUUUAAAAAGAUAAUAUUUAAAAUUAUUUGGAAAUGGCAGACACUGAUCCACAAUUAAAACGGCUUUUACUUCCAGCAGAAGAAACUUUAUUUGAACAAUUAUUAAGAUUUGGACUAUAUAUUGGUGCAAUAUUCCAAGUUAUAUGUUUAUUGGCAAUAAUAGUUUAUCAAGUAGGCCCUUCUGAUGGUAUAGGUGCUUUGAAGGAUGAUCCAAGUGAUGUUGAAUGCUCAGAAAAUAGUCCUCAGGUUACCCCAAGAAGACCUCAUAGACCACGAAAACAAGAAAAAAAGAAAAGACGUUGAAUUGUUUUCUUGUUUAUAUGAAAAAUAUAUUAUUUAAUAAUUUUAAAAACUAAUAUUAAAUAUUAAAUGCUAUUUGUAUAAUUUAUUAUUUAGAUUAAAUAUGUAUCAAUGAUAUUUUAAAUAUUUAAUAAUAUUUUAUAAUAUAAAUCAAUUAUAAUUGUUUUUGAAAGAAUGUAUAUUGUUUUAAUAAAAAUUUAUUGAUAUAA